GGUUAGGGUUUCUCAAAAUCGCGUCUCCAGGGUUUGCGAGAGCGCGCGGCCAUGGAAAUCGAUCUGGUGGUGACUGGCGUCCACACGAGGCUCUUCGACGACGAUCCCGCAGCUGCAUUCGUCGCCUCGGACGAGGCGCUGGUCCCCUGGAGCGAGGAUGCCGACGUUCUCAUGGAUCGCUACGAUGUCCGCCACUUGAUCCACGACGCCAGUGUUUUCCAGCGCCGGCACCGCCACUCCAGCCCCGCGGACGAAGGAAUUUCGCAGGAGGAGCUCGAUUACGAGCGGUAUAGGGAUUUCCACGAGGCUAGUCGCGAGCUUGAAAGAGAUAAAGCUGGGAACGAUGGAGCCACGGCUUCCACCUCUGGCCGCUACACCAGCGUCCCCUUCGACUAUCCCAAAGAGAAAGACAGCGAAAAAGAGAAAGAGAAGCACUCUCCACCGCCGCCACCCGACCAAGAGGAGGCGCUCUUUGUUCCUGGCUUUCCCGUCCCGGACCAUUUGCAGCCACACCUUCCUAGGUCCCAGAAGAUACACCAGAUCAUCAGCGGGACUGCCAAGUUUGUCAGCGAGCGUGGUGGACAGGCCGAAGUUAUCCUCAAAGUAAAGCAGGCAGGCAAUCCAAAGUUUGGAUUCUUGCUAUCGGAUCACGUUCUCCAUCCUUACUUCCGGUACCUGGUGGAUCACCCGGAGGUGACAGGAGCGAUGCUCAGAUCUUUUCCACCGCCGCUGCCCCCACCGCCGUCACGGCUUGGCAGCGCUUCCAUCACGAAACCAGCAGAAGGACUGAGAUUGCUGGGCGAAGUCUACGGAGAGAACGACGAAGAGAAUGACAAGAGCUUGAGCUUGCCACCGACAGUGGAGAUCAGAACUAUCAAGGAACCACCUCCAUACAUCAAGACGGUCAUCGACAAGAUGGUGGAGUUCAUCACCAGGAACGGGAAGGACUUCGAGGACGUUGUCCGGGACAAGGAUAAGUCAGACGAGCGCUUCCACUUUCUCCAUCCAUGGCACGAGUAUCAUCCUUACUACUUGAGAAUGCUGCAAAACGCUGACCAGGCUACCUCGAGACGGCGAUCGAGUUUAAGCAAGCAUAGACAAGCGUCCAAGCCACCGGCGAACCUCAAGGCGAGCUCGAGUUCUUCCUCCCAGGAAGUAAAUAGCCGGCAAAGACGGAGAAGCACUCGGUUUGAUGUUCCUCCCCCAAGGGAUGAGACCAAGACAGCACCUCACGGGGCACGGGGCGGUCUUCCAGUGGUUUCCAGUGAGGACGAGUUUGUCAAGGACAUCGAGUCGAGCAGCAGAGGUAUCGAUUGGAACCAGCAACAGCAGUCUGGGAUGAGCUACGAUGAUGCUCUAGCGGCAGUCCUGGCAGCAACCCGAGGGAUCCAGAAGCCAAGGAAAGCUGUCGCGGAGGCCACGAGCAGGACGGAGGAGGAGAUCAAGGCGGAUAUAAAGGCCGAGAGGUUGAAGAGAGCGAAGAUGCUUGUGAGAGAAGGUGGCGGCGCGGGGGACAAUAGCUCUGAGAAGUCCAGUGAGAAAGACGAGCGGAGGAGGCUGCGGGAUGACAAGGUUGAAAAUGGACACGAGCGAAAGAGGAAGCACCAUCACACAAAUGGCCAGGGGGUCGAGGGAGAAGUGCCGGAUGAUAUUCGAGCCAAAGUGAGAGCCAUGCUUCAGCAGCUAUGACAACGAGGACGUUGUGAAGCUCCUUAUAGUCUUGAUGUUCUAGUUUUAUUGGUCUGACUGCUCAUCUGAGAACCUUUCCAUUAGUCAGUGAACGAAGAGCAACCAUUCCUUGAUCAAA